GCUGGCGGCCCCUCGCGGCGGGCGGCAGGGCAUGUCCGCGGCGCAGGUGUCCGCGGCGCCCGUCGGCGGUGCUGAGGAAGGGGGCCCGGCGGUCGGCCGGCCCCGGGAGUCGGGGCAGCUCCAGCGACCGGAGCCCAGCGCGCCUCAAGGGGAGGAGGCCGCCGAGGAGGGCGGCCGCAGGCAGCCGGCGGUGGAAGCCCCGCCGCCUAAGGAGAACCCGUGGACGAGGCGCAGAGACGCGGGGAACAGCCCCUCACCGCUCGUGGCAGACGGACAGCUCGUCCCACAGGACCCAGAACUGCAUAAUUCCACUAAAGUUACAAAAGCAGUGAAAUCCAGGACAAGGAAAUGCAGCAAGGCUGAGGUAUAUCAUGAUGAUAUCACAAACUGGCCAACACCAAGUGAAAUAGCAAACAAUGAUUGCAAGACUGUAAGUCACGGUAAGAAGCCAACAAAUAGAAGAGAAAAGGAGGAGAAAUCUGAUCAAAGAAGUGAUAAUGGAGUCAAGGACAAGCAGGAGGCAAAGCCAAAUGGUCCAGGAGAUAAAACUAGCAAAGAUGAAGCUCAGACUAAUAACCAAAGGAAAAAAGGUAACAAGCAGAAAUGGGUGCCACUUCACUUGGACAAUGUAAGGUCAGCAAGUCAAGAAAGACCAGGCUCUCGAACGAACUCGGGAUUCCUGCUGGUAACAAACAAGUCAAUACCAACUCAUGACAACUGGAGGACUGAGACAAGAAAUUGGCGCCGUGAUAGAGAAAAAAAAGAUGAUCAUGAUGAAGUAUGCAGUGUGAGAAGUGAAGGUGGCAAUGUUCGAGGCUUCUCCAGAGGCAGAGGAAGAGGCAGAGGCAGGGGAAGAGGACGAGGCAGAGGAAACCCCAGAAGUACGCAAAGAAUGAACUUUGAAUAUUCAGUUGGUUAUCAAGAACUGUAUGAUGAAGGGACUGACCAAAUAUUUCAACCUGAUUUUAAUGCUACUGUGAUGUAUUACUAUGGUGAAGGAGCAGGAAUGCAGAUGUAUUCUGUGGAUGAAACACUUCUCAAAGAAUAUAUAAAGCAUCAAAUUGAGUAUUAUUUCAGUGCAGAAAAUUUGGAAAGAGACUUCUUUCUGAGGAGAAAGAUGGACCAACAAGGAUUUCUACCUGUUUCAUUGAUUGCUAGCUUCCGGCGGAUGCAAGCUCUGACUACAAAUGCUGCACUCAUUUUAGAGGCCAUAAAGGACAGUACAGAAGUUGAAACUGUGGAUCAGAGGCUAAGAAAAAGGGUUGAUCCAGAAAAGUGGCCAAUUCCAGGUCCUCCUCCAUGCAGUCUGCCACCAACUGACUUUUCUCAGCUCAUCAAUUGUCCAGAAUUUGUACCAGGCCAAAAUUUUGGCUCACAUACUGGGUCUGCACCAAAUUCUCCAAGAAUGGGAAGCCUACUGAGUCCAAAGGAAAACACUGAAAUUAGUAAUUUUCAGACAAUGUCUAAAGGAUUGUCUACAAGUUUGCCUGAUUUGGACUCUGAACCUUGGAUAGAAGUGAAGAAGAGGCAUCGUGCAUCCACCGUCAAACUAAAGGAAAAUAUUCCUAUGCCUGAUCAAACAUCAGAUCAACAGCAGCCACCCCUACCUUCAGAGGAACAAGAACAAGAAGAACUUGAUUUUUUGUUUGAUGAAGAGAUGGAACAAAUUCAACAUCAGAAGAAUAAAAUUACUGAUUGGUCAGACAGCGAUUCCGAUUAUGAAAUUGAUGAUCAGGACGUCAACAAGAUUUUGAUUGUAACACAGACACCACCAUAUAUGAGAAAACAUCCUGGAGAUCAUACUGGCAACUAUGUAUGCCAUGCAAAAAUUACAUCAGGACUUGCUAAAGUUAUUAAUGAUGGCUUAUACUACUAUGAGCAGGAUUUGUGGAUGGGACAGAGUGAAAAUGACACCAUGAUGAAGCAAGAGAUUGAGAACUUUAAGAAGUUAAAUCUCAUUAGUAAAGAAGAAUGUGAUAGUCUUGCACCAGAACCAAUUGCUGAUCCAACCCAGGAAGUUCCUCCAGAGUUACAGAAAGGUUUAGCAGAGGAGCUGACUUGUAAUUCGUUAAGUUUUGAAGUAUCUCCAAAAGCAGCAGUAGCUCAGUCACUGCCAACCGCAGUUCCAGAUUCUUCCCGUGUUCACCCUGGCUUCACCCCACGAACACCUCGCACCCCGAGGCUGCAGGAUCCCAACAAAACACCUAGGUUCUACCCUGUUGUUAAAGAAGCAAGAUCCAUUGAUGUAAAGACUCCAAGAAAAAGAAAAACACGGCACAGUACAAAUCCUCCCUUAGAAUCCCAUGUUGGCUGGGUGAUGGACUCCAGAGACCACCGGCCAAGAACUUCCUCUGUGGGGAGUUCCAAUACUUCACCUUCAGAAGGAACUCCACUAGCAGGGAGUUAUGGGUGUACCCCAAAUUCUCUUCCAAAAUUUCAACAUCCUUCUCAUGAACUGUUAAAAGAAAAUGGCUUUACUCAACAGGUGUACCACAAAUACCGUCGAAGGUGUCUAAUGGAGAGGAAACGGUUGGGAAUUGGCCAGUCCCAGGAAAUGAACACACUUUUUCGUUUCUGGUCCUUUUUUCUGAGAGAUCACUUUAACAAGAAAAUGUAUGAAGAAUUCAGGCAGCUUGCUCUGGAUGAUGCAGAAGAACACUACAGGUAUGGAUUGGAAUGCUUGUUUAGAUUUUACAGCUAUGGCCUAGAGAAGAAAUUCAGGCAGGAAAUAUUCCGGGAUUUCCAAGAAGAAACAAAGAAAGACUAUGAAGCUGGUCAACUGUAUGGACUGGAAAAAUUUUGGGCUUAUCUAAAAUACUCUCAGCACAAGACUCCAGCUGUUGACCCCAAACUGAGAGAAUACCUUAGUAAAUUUAAGAGGCUGGAGGACUUCCGAGUGGAUCCUCCUAUUAGUGAAGAAUCUGGCCGAAAGAGACCAGUUGCUGCAACAGAUGAGGAUUCAGGUCAUCGCAGACAUCAGUCUAAUUCUUCUAGGCCACUUCUGGCCACUAAACCGACAACUGCUUGUCAGACCCAGGCACCAGGAAACAUUACAGGUGGGAAUACUGUGCCAGCAUCCAUAGGCCGUAACAGUGCUGCCAUGAAAUCUAUAGAAAGUGAUGUACCGGAAAAAUAGACUGAAGACAAACUUGAACCCUUGAGAAUCUACUUUUACAUCAUUCUCUCAAUUUUGAGAUCUUCAAGGCGAGCCAAUCUAAUAACUGAUUAAAAAUGUUAUGGGAAGACAGAGGAUUGGAUUCAUUUUUUCACAGGAUUUAGUUCUAAAACAUUUACCCUAGGAGAGUUGCUCUUGCUUUUGGGAUCAUCGGAAGGAUCCUGGGGAAGAUUCUUUAGCUUCAGUAUUGCUUUCCUCAAGCUUUUGUUUACAAAGAACUGCAUUCCUUGCAUAUGCAAAAAAUACUUUGGGGAUGCCUUACAUUUCAGCUCAUAUUUCUUAAAAAAGGUAUGAUACACCCAUGGUAUUUACUGUGCUUUCUUUACCCAGAUUUUCCCAUUAUUUGUAUUUUACCAAAGCGAAAGAUUAUGUUAUAUAUAGGAUCUUAAAUGUAAAGGAAGGAUCUACAUGAUUGGUUUGCUCUUUAACUAUUAAAAGUAUGCUUUUGUGCAAAAGUACACUUGAGACUGUGCAGUUAAGUAUGAAACUGCAUUUCUGAAUUCUGUUUGGAGACAUAGUUUCUAUUUUUUUCAGGGUCUCCACAGUAUUCUCUUGAGUAUGGAGUUUGAGUGGACAUAACUGGGAUAGUUUUGCAGGUAUUUCCUUCAGUGCUGAUUCUUAAUAAGUCAAGCAGCAGAAAAAUACAGGGAAAAAUGGAUCUGGUGAUUUUGUAGGGUCUUUAAUUAACAAACAGUAUCUACAGUUUGUGCAGGUUGUUAAAAUAGCAAAGUAUUCACAUUAUUCUCAGCUUGAAAGGUGUCUUCAUUGGAAUUCGCUGAUGGGUUUGAAGUGCUCCAGCAGGAGAGAUAUCAUUUUUAAAAGUUUCUUUUUUUUUCCAUAUUUCAAGUAAUAAAAAUGCAUUUGGAGGGAAACCA